AUGCAUGGGAUGAAUGGUAGAAAUAUGUGGCCAUGUACUGAAUUCAUACCACCACUGCCACAUUUGAAAAGAAAAAUGUUGGGUAGAUCAAAAGUUAAUAGAAGAAAGGACCCAAGUGAAAAGACUACAAGACACAUUGUGUCAAAGUUUGGGAAGAAAAUUUUAUGCAAUGUGUCUAAACUCGAUUUCCAUUUGCAAUAUCCCCGACCCCAACAGCUUCGGAAAUCAAUUCUAUUUCUCUCUCUAAAGGUACCCACAAGACGUCAAUUUCUGACCGAACUGGCUAACCCUCAAGAAGCUCUGGAGGAUUCCAGCAAUAAGAGCGUGGUGCUCCAGCUCUACCAUGCCCUAAGCUGCCGCGACGUCGAAACCGUCCACAAGCUCUUAGCACCUGACCUCGAGUGGUGGUUCCAUGGCCCUCCGUCUCACCAGUAUAUGAUGCGAUUGCUCACCGGAACCGACAACGACAACACCGACUCCUUCGAAUUCGUUCCUCUUUCCAUUGACGCGUUUGGAUCUACAGUCAUCGUCGAAGGCUGCGAUCAGGAUCGCGAAAUCUCCUGGAUCCACGCCUGGACUGUUAACUCGUAUGGCAUAAUCACUCAGGUACGGGAGUACUUCAACACUUCCCUCACUGUCACUCGUUUCGGUACUACUACGACUACUAACUCUUCCAAAUCCCGCUCCAUUACUUCGCUCCAUUGUCCUUCUCUUUGGGAGAGCACCCUCUCUAAUCGGGUCGGAAAAUCUGUCCCGGGUUUGGUAUUGGCCAUAUAG